UCGUGAAAACAUUUCGUGUUCCGUUUAUAAAGUCCCUGAGAAAGAGCAAGAGAGGAGGAUGCUGUUAUCGCUUUAUCUCCUUCCUACUUCCUAUGAGCACGAGAGCCAUGACGUGCAGGGGCAACGAGCCAUCAACCAAACAAAUCGACUCAACUCUUCUUCUGCUUAUCGUUAGUAAACCGAAAUUGCUUCGGACAGCAUUUCUAAAUGUUAGUUGAUAGUUUAGUGCCAUAAGUUAAUGGGAUACAUUAAAACGAGGUGAGACUCAUUGACUUCUCAGAAAAGACUUAAUAUAUUAUAGAAAUAACUUAAUUGAAUGAAAUGAUGCAACGCAUAAGAUGGAACAAACAGCGUGCUGGAAUAGCUGCUUUAAGUUUAUUGCUGCUUUAUCUUGGUCUAACAGCAAGAACGAUGACUUUUAAAUAUUCGCGCGUUGUUGAUGCCAAACCGAAGUUGGUAUGGGAUUACGUUGCUGACUUCAGUAACAUCAAGAAGAUCAAUCCAAGCAUUUUAGAUUUUUCUAUCAUUGAUGAAAGUGGUACAUAUGAUAAAUGGAGCUAUUCAGUCACAUAUACUGAAAGAUUGUCUCAGUGGCCUUAUCUUUACAAUGUGGGGCAUGGGCAUUUUUCAGUGAGGCCUAUCAAUGAAAAAGUACACAGUUAUAUUAUAGAAUCAAAGCACAAUACUUGCUUCUUUAGUGGAUUUUUAUGUUAUAAAACAGUGAGUGAUAUGACAUUCAAACCCACAGUCGAUGGAAAGACUACUUGUGAAGAAACUGUACAAUAUCAGUGCCCGGGUUUAUUUGCAUUAUUUUGUAAAUCUGAGGUAAGCUAUCAAAGGACUGCGAUUAUGAAUAAUUUAAGAAAUCAUUUUACAUGGAAACAUUAA